AUGACGGCAGCAGCAGCAGCGCCUGCAGCACCAACAGCAGCAGAAGCAGAAGCAGCAGCAGCAGCAGCAAACACAAUGAGCGCUGAAGCAACGAACGGAUACACCGGCGAAAUGUCGGAAGCAGCAGCAAGCCCAAACGAAGCAGCAAGACUUGCUGUACAGGCCAAUGAGGACAGCAGCAGCAGCAACAGCAGCAGCGGCUGCUGCUGCCGAGAUGGAAGCUGCAGCAGCAGCAGCAGCUGCAGGUGCGGUCUACUGCAGCGCUGCAGCGAAUACCCAACAGGAUUUGAGUUGAUGCCUUGUGUGCAGUUGCUGCCCAGCCUUUCGAGUGCAGCAGCAGCAGCAGCAGCAGCACCUAGAGGUCCUUCUCUGCGGUUUGCUGAGGUGUACGUACACCUCGAGUCUGCGCUGCAGUUCUUUCUCUCAAGCCAGCAGCAUAAAGUGGAGGCAGAGAUGAGGCAUAUAAGGAAGCUGCAGCAGAGCGCCUGGGGUAAUACGCUGAUAGCAGCAGCAGCACAUCAGCUGCUGAUGGAAGCUGCAAGGUCGCACAUCUGCACGGCCUACUGCAGCAGCAGCAGCAGCAGCUGCAGCAUGCAGCAGCACGCAGCAGCAGCAACAACAGCAGCAGCAGCAACAGCAGCAGAAUGGUUGCUACCUUCUGCUGCUGAAAUGCAAUCAAAAUAUUCAGCAGUUUUAGGGUUACCAGCAGACCACAAGCAGCGGCUGCUGCCGCAGCUGCUGCAGCGCGAGGCCUUGCUGCAGCAGCAAACCCUCGACUGUACGUGCUGCUGCCGCUGCUGCUGCCUCUGCAGUGUAUCCGCAGCAAUCAAGGCCCGCCGCUCUAUCUUGGCUUCGCUGCUGCACUUCUUGCAGCAGCAGCGGCUGCUGCAGCAGAUGCCUGCAGAGAUGCGGCACGAGGCUGUGGGGCUGCUGGAUGAGCUUCGGCUGCAGCUGCAUGCGCUGCUGCCGCCGCUGCAUGCAUGCACGCAGCGGAACCCCGAGUUAAAUGAGAGGGAACAGGAGGAGCUGCUGCUGCAGCGGCAGCAGCAGCAGCGACAGCAGCAGCAGCAGCAGCCAUUCAGCAGCAACAGCAGCAGCAGCAUAGAUGAGACCAUCUUCCGCAGCAGCGAACGCCUCUGCUGCAGCAACACAACGCAGCAGCAGCUGGAGACCCGGAGGCUGUGGCGCUGCGCCUUGUUGUUGCGCCUACAGCAGAUGAUAACAGAGCAGAGCAGCAGCAGCAGCAGCAGCAGCAGCAGCAGCAGCAGCGACUGGGAGGUAUUUGUACGGCUGCCGUUUGCUGCGGUUGUUGCUGCAGUCCUGCAGCAGCCACACGGGGGUUUGGAGACGGUGGAGUGUUUGAGACGGGCAGUGGGGCUUAAGCAGCAGCAGCAGCAGCAGCAGCAGCAGCAAGACGUGCUGCUGCUGUUUCAGCAGCCCACAGAGGAGACCAGAGAUAUUGCAGAGUGCACCUCAUGGCUGCAACUCCUCAACUGUCUCCUCGAUUCGGUUAUGGCGUUGCUGCUGCCCCGCAUCAGCAGCAGCAGCAGCGGCAGCAGCAGCAGCAGCAGCAGCGAUUUAAGUGACACCAGGGAAUUCGUACAUUUGCUGCUGCAGCCAUCAGAAGAUUGGCCUCUGGGCGUCAAGCUGCUGCGCGAAGACGGAUCAGAUUCCCUUGAGCUACGCGCUGCUGCUCUUUGCUGCUCUGCAUGCGACGGCGUCGUGGCUGCGCUGCAGCGACAGCUUGCAGCAGCAGCAGCAGCAGCAGCAGUACCUGCCUUCCCGCUGCUGCAGCGGCAGACGCUAGAGGCCCUGGGACAAGGCCAGCAGCAGAGACACCGGGAGAAGCUGCAGCUGGAGUGUCUUUGCGCUGCUUUUAGGUCGUGCGAAGGGGUGCUGCGUCUAUGCGGGUUGCUGCGGCCUUCUGAAGCCUUUCUGCGUCUAUUGGCUGAGCAGCAGCUGCAGCAACAGCAGCAGCAGCAACAACAGGAGCAGCAGGAGCUUCUAUCGUCCUGUGCUGAUCUAGCAGCAGCAGCUACAGGAGGUCUGAGCGGCUGCGUUGCUGCGGAGGGGCCCCCGAUGCUGCUAACGCCGCUGCAGCAGCAGGCGCUGCAGCGCCUGCUGCUGCAGCAGCAAGACACGCAGGCCCGUGUCUUGUGCCGGCUUCGCCUUGUUGAAGACACUGCAGCAUCUGUGCGCUGUGGGGGGGGCCCUAAGCUCGCAGUCUCCUCCACACCGCUGACAGCGGCCUUGGCGGCGUCUUUUGAAGAUGCGCCGACUUUGCUGCUGAUCGCUGUGUGCAACACCCGGCGUGCUGCAGCAGCAGAGCAGCUGCAGCAGCAGCAGCAGCAGCAGCAGCAAAGUAUGAGCCCCAUUGACUCAACAGACGCCUGGGGAGGCCUUCUCCCAGGGCCGCUGCAGCGCCAGCUGCUCGAUCCUCCUCUAACUAUGGAGCUGCUGCUGCAGCGCAUGCAAGAUUCCCCGUCUCUGUUGGAAUCUGUUGUAGCUUUUUUGUCUCUGGCGCUGGUGAGCGAUCCUUCUGUGUACGUCGAUUCUGCUGCCGUGGCUGCUCCUCCUGCAGCAGCAGCAGCAGCUGCUGCUGCUGCUGCUGCUGCUGCUUCUGCUGCUGGUACUGCGGCAGAUUCAGCUGUACAGGCACCCCACGCCUAUGCGGCACGAAAGGGAGCCGUCGGGUUUUUCUCUGCGCUCGCCUGGCUGCCUCCUGCUGCUCUCCGUCUUUGUUUGCUGGUUGAGGUGUUGCAAAGCCACGCCGUAGACCUCCGAGCCGAAGACGUUCUUGUCCCUCUUGACAUUGCAGGGGAAGGCGCGGAGCCCGCCCUUGAUGCGGUGUAUAGGGAGCUUGUUGCUGUCUCCGAAAACCCCAGAUACUCAUGGCGUAUGCGGGUGCAUGCAAUGGGGCUUGCAAGGGCCUGCAAGCUAUCGAACAGCAGCAGCAGCAGCAGCAGCAGCAGGCGGCUGCAGGAGCAGCUACAGCAGCAGCUUGUGCUGCACUUUCCUUCGCAUGUGCUGCCCGACGACCCGGGACUGUCUCUUUGCUGUCUCCAUCUGCAGCGACUAGCUGGCUUCCCUGCGGAGGUGCCGCUGCCUCCUUCUGAGGUGCUGCCGAAGGUGCUGCAGCAGCAGCAGCAACUGCUGCAGCAGAACGCUGGGAGCCUGACUUGCGGAGAUGCUGCUGCUCUCAGCCGCACUAACUGCGUCUACCCAGCAGCAGCCACCAUGGAGAGCAAAAUGCAGGCAUUGCCGGGGGCCCCCAAUCCAGCAGCAGCAGCAGCAGCAGAAGCAGCAGCAGCAGCAGAAGCAGCAGCAGCAGCGGAGGGGGAUUCAAUGGGGCUGCAUGCACGCUUGCUGCUACGAACUUUAUUUUAUGAGCUCGUGUGUCUCUACGGCCCAGCCAUUCUGGCUGUGCCUCCAGCUGCCCCUCCUGAUGCCUGUCUCCUUGCUGCUGCUGCAGAGGUGCAGCAGCAGCUGCCGCAGCACGUGCGGUUGCUGCUGCGGCACUAUGUCUCUAUGCAGCAGCAGCGCCUCCCCGGUGUUGCUAGCAGCAGCAAACUAAACCUUAUUGUCUCUUCGCGUUGUAGCUAA